GGGUCUCCAAUCUGCCAUUUUCUGUCCCCGGUUAAGUCCUAGGCUUUCCUAAUUCCCUGUUUUUCUCACAGGCUCUGUUCCGUCCGCUGGUCCACCAUCUCAGGGUAACGAUGGCCGCAGAGUCCACCGCUACUGCCGCCAUCACCACGGAGCUGGUUUCCGCCGACAAAAUUGAAGAAGAUGCCCCUGCUCCUUCUACCUCUGCAGAUAAAGUGGAGAGUCUGGAUGUGGAUAGUGAAGCUAAGAAACUAUUGGGUUUAGGACAGAAACAUCUGGUAAUGGGAGAUAUUCCAGCUGCUGUCAAUGCCUUCCAAGAAGCAGCUAGUCUUCUAGGUAAGAAGUAUGGAGAGACAGCUAAUGAAUGUGGAGAAGCCUUCUUUUUCUAUGGGAAAUCACUUCUAGAAUUGGCAAGGAUGGAGAACGGUGUGUUGGGAAAUGCCUUGGAAGGUGUGCAUGUGGAAGAGGAAGAAGGAGAAAAAACCGAGGAAUCGUCUCUGGUAGAAAACAAUGAUAACAUAGACGAGGAAGCAAGGGAAGAGUUGAGAGAACAGGUUUAUGACGCCAUGGGAGAAAAAGAAGCCAAAAAAACAGAAGACAAGUCACUGGUAAAGCUUGACAUGGAGGAUAGAGAACAGGAGUCUGAAAUGCAGAAGAGUGGAAGAGAAGAUAUGGAUAUAAGUGAGCCUGCAGAGAAACUACAGGACAAAGUUGAAUCAACUCCAGAUCAGUUCGCUGAAACCACUGAAGAUGCCAAAGGAGCAGCUGCGGAAGGACUGAAUGAAGCAGAAGUCACUCCUGCGAGGCCAGAGCAGGAAGCACCAGAUGCUGAGGAAGGAAAAUCAUUUUCUGGAACUGACGUCCAAGAAGAGGGCAGAGAAAAGGGGGUUUCGGGAGAAGUAAUUGUGAGCAUAGAGGAGAAUCCAAAAGAAGCUUCAGAAGAGCAGCCUGUUGUGACUCUAGAAAAGCAGGGCGCUGCAGUAGAGAUAGAAGCAGUCAAGCCAGUGGAUAUGGGUGGGGAUGAGCCAAAGGAGCAGGCAGCUGCCUCUGAAAAUGAGCCAGGAAAGGCUGGUCUUGAGCAGUUGGUAGGGCAAGAAUUGCCUCCUGCUGAAGAGUCACCAGAGGUGACAACACAGGCUGCAGAGGCCUCAGCUACAGAAGCUGGGUUAGAAGUCUCUGAGAAGCCUGGGCAGGAGGCCACGGUUCUCCCCAAGGAUGGUGCAGUCAAUGGACCGUCAGCUGCAGGGGACCACAUUCCCACUGAGCCACAGACUAAUGCAGAAGCUCCAACGGAGACACCAGACGGCUCGGGACUAGAGGAGAAGGUCGGGGCAGAGUUGGUUCCUAGCCGGGAGGAGACUAAGCCGUCUGUAGAAGAGGCGGAGGCAGCUGGAGUUGGGGUGGAGACUGAGGUAGCCCAGGGGGCUACUGAGAAAUCCCCUGAAGACAAAGUUAAGAUAGCUGCUUAUGAAGAAACACAAGACAAGGAACAGAUGAAAGAGGGUGAAGAAACCGAGGGCUCAGAAGAAGAGGAUAAAGAAAAUGACAAGGCUGAAGAAAUACCAAGUGAUUCGGUUCUUGAAAACAAGUCUCUUCAAGAAAAUGAAGAGGAGGAGAUUGGAAACCUAGAGCUUGCCUGGGAUAUGCUGGAUUUAGCAAAGAUCAUUUUUAAAAGACAAGACACCAAAGAAGCUCAGCUUUAUGCUGCACAGGCACAUCUUAAACUUGGAGAAGUUAGUGUUGAAUCUGAAAAUUAUGUCCAAGCUGUGGAGGAGUUUCAGGCUUGCCUAAACCUGCAGGAGCAGUACCUGGAAGCCCACGAUCGACUGCUUGCAGAGACCCACUACCAGCUGGGCUUGGCCUAUGGGUACAACUCUCAGUAUGAUGAAGCAGUGACACAGUUCAGCAAAUCUAUUGAAGUCAUUGAGAAGAGAAUGGCUGUACUGAAUGAGCAGAUGAAGGAGGCUGAAGGAUCACCUGCUGAAUAUGAGAAAGAAAUUGAGGAGCUGAAGGAGCUGCUCCCAGAAAUUAAAGAGAAGAUAGAGGAUGCAAAGGAGUCCCAGCGGAGUGGGAAUGUAGCUGAACUGGCUCUGAAAGCAACUCUGGUGGAAAGCUCGACUUCGGGUUUUACUCCUAGCGGAGGAGGCUCUUCAGUCGCCAUGAUUGCCAGUAGAAAGCCAGCUGAUGGUGCUUCCUCAUCAAACUGUGUGACUGAUAUUUCCCAUCUUGUCAGAAAGAAGAGGAAACCAGAGGAAGAGAGCCCUCGGAAAGAUGAUGCAAAGAAAGCCAAACAAGAACCAGAGGUGAAUGGAGGCAGCGGGGAUGCUGUCUCCAGUGGAACCGAAGUUUCGGAAAACAUGGAGGCUGAGAAUCAGGCUGAGAGCCGGGCAGCAGUGGAGGGGACAGUGGAGGCCGGAGCCACAGUUGAGAGCACUGCGUGUUAAGAGAGGGAGUAGAGCCUUCCUCCCAAUGGAAAGUGUUUUUGUAUAUAAUGUAUUUUUUCACUUUUGGGGGAUUCUUUUUGUAUAACUUCAAUAAAGAUUGUAAGCAAAGGUUGAGGCUUUGAUGAUUUUUUUUUUUCUUAAAUAUUGGCUAUCUUGGUGCCUUGGUGCACUCCAGGUUUUAUAUCGUGGCCAAAGGUUUUUGGUUUUUUUCCUCUUCUGUACUGAUCUCGGUGUUAAGUUUGAAUCCAAGAUCCUGUCUGACGUGGAGGUGAUGAAAUCCAGUGUGCUGCAGGCCCUUGUCUUCCAAUGGUGCUAUGUUUUUUCCAUUAUACUCUACUGAACCCAGCUGUCUCUGCAAAUUUUGCAUGGUGCUGACCCUGGAUAGGGCUUACAAAAACAAGACUUGGUGAAGAUGUUGCUCUUUGGUGCUGAUACUGUUUGAUAGACUUUGACAGUGCGCUGAUGUAACAGCUUCGAAGCCAGGCUUUGGGUGGCACCUGUCUUUUAUCCAUCAGGUUUCCAACUGGGGCCAUAAUCCUGUCCUGGAAAAAGAACUGAAGGAAACUGAGCAGAGGAGGGGAGAGAUCCUUGAGGAAAAAGUGUGUGUUAACUGUAGAGGAUUGAGCUUUUGGUUUGAAAGUGGCUGAGGGACUUGAUUGAUGGAUACCCUGGAUGUGGUUGGUUGAAUCUGGGGAGACUGGCUGAUUGAGUUAUAUCUGUUGUAUUUCAACCAUUCUGUACACAAAGUAUCAACAGUUGAAAGUGUUACCUGUCUGCAGUUUUGACUCUUAAAUAAAGAUGCAAAAAAGC